AUGGAUGAAGACGAAGUCGCGUCGAUCCUUGGAGAGUCCAGUGUGAAUAACCCAACCUCCUCAAGGCCAUCGGUACCUAUCAGAGGAGAGAACAGAGAGUUUGAUAGGUAUUUUGAUGGUACGACUACGGGAUAUGAUCCUUCUGAAGUUGAUUUUCAAGAGCUGAGAAGAGCUGCUUGGGCGACUUGGAGAAUAAAACCUCCUGCUGCAUUAACCGGCGGGAGCAGAGUUAACGAUGAAGAUGAUGAGCUGGCCCGCGCUCUUGCACUUUCUGCUCAAGAACACAAUAUCCGGCCCAACCCUCAGCAAACGACGACAGUCAUCGAUGACGAUGAUGACGACGAUGCAGAUCUCAAGCGCGCUAUAGCUAUGUCUCAAGAGGAAUCUCGAGAACCUAAGAGAAGGCAGAGAGAAGAUACUCCAGAAGACGAGAGAAGGAUGUUAGCAGAAGCUAUGGCAGCUUCUUUGGCUGAAGCGGACUCGGCUCCAUCGAACUCUUCUACAAAUACCGUCAUACCUCAAUCCACUACCAGGAAAUUCGCAACAUCCUCUCUCGCGCCCUGCGUAGAAGCAAAGUCCCCUAUUCCUUCCGCUGAGUCUACUUCGACGCCAGUCCUUCGCAUCGGGGGACAAGUCAUAGAUCGCGCGCAGUUGGAGAAAGAAAGGAGAGAACGACAAGCAGCCAGGCAGGCUUCCGCUUCUGGUUCAUCCACUCCGCUCACUCCAACAGUCGAACCUUCGACUGCGAACAGACUCUCUGCUGGCCCAGCCAGAAUAGCUGGAAUGAUUUCAAUCGCUUCUCCAAAUCCCCCUCCAACAAGUAAUGCUACUGCUGGUCCAAGUACGCCUAGAUCUGCCCAUACGACAUCUAUUCACCCACUUCAGUCUCCUGAUCCCUUUCCUACCGAUGCGGCGGGAGAGUACUAUCUCAAUGGCGAAUUAAGACACUCCGCUUUGACCAUUGGCGACCCAACAACAGAACGCACAUUCUCGCCGCAGCAAGUCGUGGGCAAGCAUUCACAAAUAGCUCUGAUCAUCAUGUCAUCAUUCGUCAUCGACGAUCAAUGGGUAUUGGAACAAAAUAUCCUACCACCUCCAGAGGAUGUACCGACCAUUACCGUCCGUCCACAUCCCAAGGAUAAGCAGGAGUACAAUGGAAAGAUUGCACUUCAGCCCAACGGAGAGAUGUGGGUGUACCCGAGGAUGACUACAGGAUUUGGGAGUGCACACAUGAAGUAUUUUUGGAUCUUCUACAAAACUGGUCGAUUGCGAGUUGUCGUGUCAACAGCUAACAUGGUUCAUUAUGAUUGGGAUUGGAUUGAGAACACGAUUUUCGUCCAAGAUUUCUUGCCUCUCCCUUCUUCUCGUCCUUUACGGCCUGAGCACAUGCCUCACGACUUUCCACUACAAUUCUCUCGUUUGUUUACCCAUACACGAGUCCACACUGCGCUUCGUCAUUUACUUCACAACCAUCCUAAUGGAUCUAAGAUACCUUUUAAACCCGACGAAAAUUUCGCAGAUAUGGGAAAAUACGAUUGGAGUAAAGUCAAAGUUCGAAUAGUGAUGAGUGUCCCUGGAUAUUAUACCGGUCAUGAAGAAAUCAAUAAAUACGGUAUCAGUAGAUUGGGCAAGGUGUUGAAUGAACAAGGUUGGAUACCCAAGUCCGGAGAGAAGUUGGAUGCUGAAUUCCAAGGGUCGUCGUUGGGGACAUACAGCUUGGAAUGGUUUUCGAAAUUUCACCAUUUUAUAACUGGUAAAACGUCCAAUCAAUUGAUCAAUCGGCCCAAACCCGUUUCUUGGCCAGAUAUCAGGAUAUUGUUCCCUACCCUGGCCAACGUGGAAGCAUCACAACUUGGUAAAGGUGGAGGAGGCACGAUGUUCUGUGGUAAAGCAUUCAAUAACACAACUAGAGACUUAUUUAGAGAUAGCAGGAGUAAGAGAGGAGGUAUCUUGAUGCAUUCAAAAAUGCUUAUAGCUAUUUUCGAACCUGAAAAUAAUCGUCUUGGAAUAGAGAAAUCGCCUUCGAAAUUGGGAAAGCGAAAGGUAGAAGAGUUAGAGAGUGAAGUUGGAGGUUGGAUAUAUGUCGGAUCUCACAACUUCUCUCCUUCAGCUUGGGGAAAUGUUGAUGUAAAGAAGAAUCCUCCGACACUGAAUAUCAAAAAUUACGAAAUAGGAAUUGUUUUUCCUCUUGAUCGAGGCAACGCCAAAGCUAUAGCUGAUAAGGUGGCACCAUACAAAAGACCCGCUAUGAAAUAUACGGCAGGUGAUGUUCCUUGGGAUCAAUAUGCUCAUCGAGAAAGGGAAUAG